AUGUCUCGUUCGAACAACGACAUCGCGCCAUGGGACACCCGACCCUCGCAACCAAUGCCUCCAAAAGCCAUGGCCAUCUUUGGAACUGGUGUGAAUCCGAAUGCCACAGGUCGCCAACAUUUCCCACAGCCACGGCAAAUUCAUGAGAUUGCGCCUUGGGACACUCAGCAUCCUCACGAUGACGAAAUAGCGCCUUGGGAACGAGAUCCUCAAGCACAUAUCUCGGGCACCCGUCCACUGAAUCCAUCUUAUUUCAACGACUCGACCGGUCGAGAUGCCCAAGGCUCGUCGAGGCGCCCGGAUACUGCAAGAACAAAUACGUCGGAUUCGCCUGAUUAUGAUGGUGAUGCAAGACGGCCGUCAAUAGCUAGUAAUACAACCGUCAGCAGCACAGGUUCAAGAAGCAGCACCGCCAAUGGUCGAUUCCAUAAAAGCUUGAAGGGUUUCUUUGGUGAAGAUCCUACGGAUUCUCGGAAAGGGUCGACGGCAGAUUUGGCGGAGCCGGUGCCGCCUGCCAACUCAUCGGACAAGCCAUCACAGCGGAGUGGUUCAAUCCAGACUCAGAACACCGUCGAGGACAGACCCAAGACUCCUGCCCCUCCUCCCUCUAGCGACGUCACCCCUUGGGCUUACCAAAAUUUUGAAGAUGUUUCGAAUUUUGGGUCUGCGCCGAUACGGCAGGAGCAGCAGCAGCAGCAGCAGCAGCCGCAAAACGAGUCUUUGCAGCCAAUCCCACCAGCGUCUACUCACCGACGUGGCCUGCUUCAUCGCCAUACGAGAAGCAAGGAGGACCCGCCUAAAGGCCAGCAAGUCCCUGCGUCAAUGCCUAAAAGACCUUCCACAAGUCGGGAAUCGUCGACGAGUAAUCUGGCUUUCUACCGUAAUACCCCGCCCAAUAGCACGCCCAUGAGCUCUUCUACAACACUCACUCGUAAUGCCAGCCCAGCGCCUCAAUCACGCAAAGAACUCCCUUCGCAAUCGGAAAAGAGAUCGAUAUUUUCGAAACUUACCAAAUCGCGCAAAGACAAGCAGUCACCCCAACCUGAACCAAUUAGGACAAACAUGGAGCUCGCACGACCGCCGGAGGAGCAGAAGAAGAGCAGAACACAGUCGACCAAGACGACCGUGUCAGACCUCUCUGAUAACAAAAGGGAUAGAGAGACAAGCGUUGCAUCUGUGGACAGCGCAUCAACAAUCAAAGCUACUGAUCCAUCUCCCAAACUUGACCGGACACAAACGGCCUCGUCAAAGACGAGCAGGUUCACUCGGCAUGGCAGACAUCGUGGACCUAGCGUCCAAAGUGAUACCUCUGAAAAGAGCAAAACGACAAGUCAACAAGCCCCAAUGCAAGCAGGCGUCUUCAGCCUUGAUACGAAUUUUGAUGACAUGUCGGACAUUAUCUCUCAGCCGCCGGCUCCAAAAACUCCCGGGGAAGCCGGAAUCUGGACGGGGAAAGCUUCGGCGACACCAAUGUCAGAACUCUCUGCUCCUGCAUGGGAUGCCCCAGAUAGUUGGGCUGUGAAAGGCCAGGAAGAUGAGGUUCUUGACAGCUUACCCGAAGCCACUGAGGACGGCCUGCCGGCUAUCCAGGAAGAGGAUGGCAUAUCCUACUUUAUGCGUGUUUUCAGAACCGAUGGCACGUUUGCCACAUUGUCCAUGUCUAUUAACGCUACCGUGGCUGAAGUCCUUCAAUCUCUUGCCAAGAAAUCCGUUCUACACGACUCGAUUGACAACUACCAACUCCUUAUGCGCAAACACCAGCUGUCAAGACAGCUGGGGUCGGGAGAACGUCCUGUGGCCAUGCAGAAGAAGCUCCUGUAUCUGGCAGGCUACACUGAAAGAGACAGAAUUGAAGAGGUGGGCAGAGAGGACAACAGCUAUCUCAUUCGGUUCACGUUCAGCCAUGAGAAACAGACGGGCUACGGCAGCGGGCUUGACAAAGACCCAGCAUUUAACAAAAUGCAGAAAUUCAGCCAUGUGGAUCUCUCCGGGAAGUCGCUGGUGACAAUACCGAUUAUCCUCUACACCAAAGCUUCCGAAAUUAUAUCAAUCAACCUUUCACGGAAUCUUGCACUCAAAGUACCAAAGGACUUUAUCACCGUCUGCAUCAACCUUCGCGAGAUAAAAUUCACAGGCAAUGAAGCGUGGCGGUUACCGCCCAGUUUAGCUUGGGCAAGUCGACUGACUGUGCUCGAUGUGUCAAACAAUCGGCUGGAACAAUUGGAACACGCAGAGCUGCACAGAUUAAUGGGCCUUGUAAGUUUGAAACUGGCAAACAAUAAGUUGUCGGAAUUGCCUCCCAACUUUUCGUACUUUCGCCAGCUUCGCAGCCUGAACCUUUCAUCCAACAACUUUACCACCUUUCCAGAAAACAUAUGCAGUUUGAAGUCUCUCGUGGACCUUGACAUCAGUUUCAACAAGCUCUCCUCGCUUCCGAAAAUCUCCCAACUGACCACGCUUGAACGCCUUUGGGUCACGAACAAUGAUCUAAAGGGCCCGUUCAACGAGACUUUCGCAAGUUUGAUCAAUCUGAAGGAGAUCGACGCAAGAUUCAAUGCAAUAACCAAUAUCGACAAUGUAACAAGCCUUCCGAAUCUCGAACAGCUGCUCGUUGGUCACAACAACAUCACAACUUUUAAAGGCUCUUUUCCGAAACUGCGUGUACUGGUCCUGGAUCAUUGCCCGAUCACCUCUUUUGAACUGGACCAACCUGUGCCAACCCUGUCUAGCCUUAACAUUGCUUCAGCGAAACUAGUCGAGUUCAAGGAAACGAUGUUUGAUCACAUGCCAAAUUUGCAGAAGCUGAAUCUGGACAAGAAUCAUCUGUCAAACAUGUCAUCCCAGAUCGGACGGCUGACCAAACUAGAGUUCUUGAGCAUGGCGAAAAAUCCACUAAAUAUAGUCCCUCCCUCCAUUGGGAAUCUCGCGGAGCUCAAGUUCCUGAAUCUCAGGGAGUGCAAUGUCAAGAGCCUCCCUCCCGAAAUCUGGUAUUGCAAGAAGCUGGAGACAUUGAAUCUGUCCUCAAACGUGUUGGAGACCUUCCCUAAGCAGAACGCCGCCCCGCCUCCAAAUGAGCUCAAGGACUACACCCCCACAGCGACUCCCGGGCUGUCAACUUCUCCCAGCUUUGAUGACCUUGGCAAGCUUGAAGACUUUCAAGCCCGGCGACCGAGUCAGGCAUCAUCGGGAAUGAUGAGCAUCGGUAGUUCUCCUGGGGCCCGGAAGAAUUCUGUUGUUUCGCUGAGUGCUCAUCGGAAGCAAUCUGUGAUCUCGAGAACAAAUACAGAGUAUUCAAUGUCGAUUGCUACUCGGAAAGAUUCCAACAUAUCACAAGCUAGACUACACAACACAUUUGCAGGAUCACUCCGGUAUCUGUACUUGGCUGACAAUCGCCUUGAGGACGAUGUCUUCCGAGAGCUCGUUCUCUUGCCAGAGCUCCGCGUUCUCAAUUUGUCAUACAACGAACUGGACGACUUCCCUCAAGGAGUAUUGCGUCGCUGGCCUCAACUGAGUGAGCUCUAUCUGUCUGGGAAUGAGCUGACAUCCCUGCCUUCCGAUGACCUCGAAGAGAGUAGUAAUCUGAGAAUAUUGCACUUGAAUGCAAAUCGUUUCCAAGUACUUCCGGCUGAGCUGUGCAAUGUGCACAAGCUGUCCACCCUUGAUGUCGGGAGCAACUCACUAAAGUACAACGUCUCAAAUUGGCCGUAUGAUUGGAACUGGAAUCGCAACACGAACCUCAAAUAUCUGAACUUCUCUGCGAACAAGCGGUUAGAGAUCAAACCCGCUGCGCACCAGAACCAGUCGCAUUUCCACUCAAUGAACCGCACCGACACUACAGACCUUACGAGCUUCAACACCCUAAAGUAUCUCCGCGUUCUGGGUCUCAUGGAUGUGACAUUGCUUACCAACACGAUUCCGGACGAUAACGAAGAUCGCCGCGUACGAACUUCAGCCUCCGUGGUUGGGGCAUUAAUGUACGGUAUGGCAGAUACCUUGGGCAAGAACGAGCAUUUGUCAACCCUGGAUCUUCUGAAACCAAACUUUCGAGGCCAAGAAAGUGAGAUUCUUAUCGGGAUGUUCGACGGCCAGACAAUGUCGAGCGGCGGAUCCAGAGUUGCGAAGUAUUUGCACGAGAACUUCUCGGCAGUCUUUUAUGAAGAGCUGAAAAAAGCCGAAAAUUUGAAAGAUACCCCAAUAGACGCCCUCAGACGGACCUUCCUGGCAAUUAACAAGGACAUGGCCAAUUUUGCGAGCAGCAAUUUCGACACCAAGGAGCACAGGUUGGCCAAUGGCCACAGAGGCUCAACUGUGGCAAACAUCCUGGGCCCCGACGACCUGAGUUCAGGGGGUGUGGCGGCAGUCUUGUACAUCAAUGGACAGGAAUUACACGUUGCGAAUGUUGGAGAUAUUGAGGCCAUACUUAUUCAAUCCAACGGCCAACAUCGGCAGUUGACAAGGAAACAUGACCCGGCGGAACCUGGUGAACGGGAGCGAAUCAGGGAAGCGGGGGGGUAUGUCUCUAGGCAGGGCAGACUCAACGACGUCCUCGAAGUCAGUCGAGCAUUUGGUUAUUAUAGUCAUAUGCCGUCGGUCAUCGCCGCGCCCCACACGUUCAAGUGCCAGAUUACCGAAUCGGACGAGCUCAUCGUCGUUGCCACGAAAGAAUUCUGGGAUUAUGUUACGGUCGACGUUGCCGUUGAUGCAGCUCGAGCCGAAAAGAAUGACCUCAUGCUGGCCGCUCAGAAACUGAGGGAUCUAGCGAUGGCGUUUGGUGCAAGAGACAAGAUCAUGGUCAUGGUUCUCGGAAUCUCAGACCUAAGAAAGAGAGGCAAUCAUCGCUUCCGAGGGACCAGCCUAUCGAUGGCGAAGGAGAUGGGUCUCGACGAAGGCGCCAUCUUUCCCAGUUCUCGAAAAGCUCGACGGAAAGGUGAAACACUUGUGGGUGACUCUCGGCUUGCCAGACUUGAGGAGCCGGAGCCGCCCGUUGGUGAUGUAGCGAUAUGCUUCACCGACAUCAAGAAUUCCACUGCGUUGUGGGAAAUCCUUCCUGUUCCCAUGAGGUCGGCGAUCAUGAUGCACAACGAGCUCAUGCGGCGACAGCUUCGCAUAAUUGGUGGUUACGAAGUAAAGACCGAAGGCGAUGCAUUCAUGGUGUCUUUCCCAACCGUGACAUCCGCGCUACUUUGGUGUUUCAGCUGUCAGAGCCAUCUUCUCGAAUUGCCCUGGCCCCAAGAGAUCCUGGAGACGGUUCAUUGUCAAGAAAAACUGGAUUCGGAACAGAACACCAUCUACCGCGGUCUGUCAGUAAGAAUGGGUAUGCACUGGGGCCGACCCGUGUGCGAGCAGGAUCCAAUCACUCGAAGGAUGGAUUACUUCGGGCCUAUGGUUAACAAAGCCGCCCGAGUGUCUGCCGUGGCCGACGGUGGACAGAUUACUGUGAGCAGCGACUUUAUCGCCGAGGUUCAAAGGACACUGGAGAGCUACGCGGACGAUGACCGGCGAGAUUCUGUAGGCUCAGAGGAUACCGUGAACGACGACCCACUGUCGGUACAGAUUCGUCGCGAGCUACGUCAAUUGAGCAGCCAAGGCUUUGAGGUCAAGGAUCUUGGAGAGAAGAAGCUGAAGGGCCUCGAAAACCCCGAAUACAUCUACCUGAUGUAUCCUCACUCAUUGGCAAGUCGCCUGGAAAUCCCACCUGGAGCGGAGCCGAAAGUUCAACUUGGAGGCGAGGCACCUUCCACGCUGGACGAGAAGGGCCAACCAGGUACGCUGGGCAAAGAUAGCCAACUGAAGGAUUUGCAACUUGACGAGGUCUGGAAACUCUGGGAUAUUGCUUUGCGUCUGGAGAUGUUGUGCAGUUGUUUGGAGGUGCCCGAGCGGGCAGCAGGACUUCACAAGCCUGAACUGAGCUUGCUCACUAGAAUGAAAGAACGAGGUGGCGUCCAAACGGACGGCUUCAUGAUGAAUCUACUGGAACAUCAGGUGACGCGAGUUGAGGCAUGUGCAACAACCCUGCAGCUUCGGCAGAUGUUCCGGCCUUUCCAGAAAGGAGUCAGUCUCUUUGAUCAGGCCAGGCCAAUCAGCGAGAUCCUGAACGAGAUAUCGACGAUUCUUGCCGAGGUUAAGGAAGAGCGAAAUCAAAUCCAUACUCCAGACACUGGGGAAGAGACAGAUUCAGAAUAA